AUGAGAAUCCCACGUGACGGAGAAGGGUUUUCUGCCCUACAGAGCUCGACCACUAAAACUUCCCCUCCAAGCCUGCUCUUGGAGAAGAACAUCAUCACCAACACCUCUCAUCUCAAAGGACAAUUUCGUCGUUACGAUGAGAGCCAAGUGGAGAAAGAAGCGCGUUCGCCGUCUCAAGCGUAA